AUGCCACACAGUUUUGAAUUUCAGAUAUAUGCAGCUUUUAGGAAUUUCGAGUUUCCGAAAUUAUUUAACGGAACAACAAAUAAUGAACUGGGUGUAAUAAAAUUCCCAGACGAGAAAGGGAAGGUGCAUAUUUUUAACAGCACAGCUAAGCCUAAUUCAAAAUGGCUGCGCAAUGUUGGAAAAUUCACCAAUAAAUACUAUUUAUAUACUCGGGCAAGUCAACAAUACGAAGAAUUAAUUAUGGACGACACCAGCUCUAUAACUACGUCUAACUUUAAUGCAAGCAAUCCAACUGCAGUCAUAGUACACGGCUGGACUGGAGAUAAAGAUUCCAAUAUUAAUAUAGCGUUACGCGGUGCGUUCACCAUGAUUGGAGAUUACAAUGUGAUAGUUCUAGACUGGAGUAGAGUCGCUGACAAAGACUACAUAACAUCGGUAGAGGGCGUGCCUAGAGUCGGUAGAUAUUUGGGCAAAUUCCUAUCAUUUUUGACUUCUGUCACUAAUGUUUCCAUAAGUACACUACAUUUAGUAGGACACAGUUUGGGUGCACAUGUUGUGGGAAAUGCUGGGAAAGAACUUGGAGGACGAAUUGGUCGUAUAACAGGUCUAGAUCCGGCUGGUCCAUUAUGGAGUUUGAAUAGCAAGCGGCUGAGUGAAAAUGAUGCAAUUUACGUCGAGGCCCUUCAUACAAAUGCUGGAUUUUUCGGAAUCCUCGAAACAGUCGCUAGAACUGAUUUCUACGCGAACGGUGGUUUCGAUCAACCUGGUUGUCUCACGGAUAUUUGUAGUCACGAACGAUCUUGGAAAAUUUUCGCUAGUUCGAUCAUUUUUGAUAAUUUGGUUGGCUACCAAUGCUCGUCGCUUUUGCAGUUCACACUCGAUAUGUGUUACGGAGCGACGUUGAAUUUUGGGAACCAGGAAUUAAUGAAAACUGGGUAA